AUGUUAUUUUGCCCUAAUUGCGCAAAUUUACUUUUAAUCGAGAACGACGGAGGACAAGCAUUUUUUUGUCAAUCAUGUCCGUAUGUUUAUAGCAUUCAAUCGAGACAUACUUCUCGUAAAGAAUUAAAAAGAAAAGAAGUGGAUGAUGUAUUAGGUGGUGCUGAUGCAUGGAAGAAUGUUGAUACUACAGAAGUUACUUGCCCUAAAUGUGAACACGAUAAAGCUUACUUUAUGAUGAUUCAAAUUCGUUCAGCUGAUGAACCUUCAUCUAUUUUCUAUAAAUGUUGCAAUGAUGAUUGUGCCCACCAAUGGCGUGAAGGAUAAUUAGACAUCAAGGUUAUUAUUAUUAUUAGAUUUAUUUUUUCAGAUACCUCCUUAUUGUAUAUUAUUAUUUUAUUAAACUGAUG